AUGAGCAUGGAUGAAAUGAGAAUUGAAAACGGCCGAGAAACAUCGGAAUGGAAAAUACCCGAGAGAAAGGGUGUGAGAAGACGGCCGAGAAACAUCGGAAUAGAAAAUACCCGAGAGAAAGGGCGUGAGCAUGGCCGAAAUGAGAACGGCAAACGGCCGAGAAACACCGAAAGAGAAGACCCGAGAGAAAGGGCGGGAGCAUGGCUGACAGGAGAAUGAAGAUGGCCGAGAAAUACCGAAAAAUAGAAAGCACCCGAGAGAAAGGGUAUGAGCAUGGCUGAAAUGAGAAUCGAAAAAUGGCCGAGAAACAUCGGGAGAGAGCAGGACCGAAAAGAAAACACCUCGAGAGAGAGGGCGUGAGCAUCGCUGAAAUGGGUUGAGACACCUGAAAAGAAAGAAGAGCCGACAAGGAAAAUACCCUUAGAGGAAAGGGUGUGAGCAUGGCCGACAAGAGAAUUGGAAAGGGACUGGGAAACAAAGUCAGGAACCAAAGAAGAAAAUAUUCCGAGAGAAAAGGGGGUAUGAUCAUGGAAAAUAUGGGCGGGCUGAAAAAGAAAUUUGAAAGGGCAGAUAAAGGAAUAAGCCGAGAUAAGGCCAGUUAUUAUGGAAAGGAUUCCCGACUGCGANGAAAGGGCCAGUUAUUAUGGAAAGGAUUCCCGACUGCGAGUCCCGAAAUUACGCCUAUUACGCACUUGGUUGGAAAAAACACACCAACGCGCUUUGUCGAUCAGUACUCGCCUCAUAGAGACCCGUUUGCGAUGAAACCUUCGAGGCUGUAUGCUAGAUUACUGUGCUCU